AUGGUGUCUACCUCGGGGUCAAUCCUUAAUGGCGACCGUACACCUCGUGCUAUUCCUUCCUCUCUUGACGCCGUUAACAACGUUAACGCCGAACGCGACUCUUACGACACUUCGGAUGUUAUUCCUGUUGAUGAAAAUAGUAAGCGCGAGUAUCUGCUUGCGCAGAUUAGGCAGAAGGACUCGAUCAUUGAGUCGUUACUCAAGCAGUUGCAUAAUCCCUAUAUGGCUACACCACUCUCUAUCGCAGCGUAUCGGAUGGCAUCUUCACCGUCCGACGCACACGGAUCGCGGAAUGUGAUCCAAUGGCUUGAGCGCCUUCAGCAGAGCGCGCAGAAUCAGGCUGGUGCAGGGACGGGUGGAAGACAUGCACGUGCGCUUGAGCGGCAUGCGAGGAGAAGGAACGCUGGUGGGGAUGGUGUGGAGGAUAUGGGUGUGAGUGAUAGUGAGGAGGACCUGGACUUGCAGGGACAGGAUUCAGUGAUGCAGCAGCAGCAGCAACAGCAACAGCAAGUGCAAGUGCAGCAAGGUGUUGAUGGUGUUGUUUCUGUUGAUGGGAGUGAUGGACACCUUGCGCCUCCGCCGGGUGGGUUGAAGACGGAGACUCCCGAGGUGUCUGAGACGUUGAAGCAGAACGACUCGCUACCGGACGAUGCAGUCCCUAUUGGACUUCUUGCAAACUUGUCACUUUCGAAUCAUGCUGGACGGGCGAAGGAACGAUCACGUACGCGUUCUGAACACUCGAAUAGCGGGAACCCUUCAAACGCCAACGUCUCCACUCCUGUCAACAACAAUAACAACAGUAACAACGGUGGCGGAAGUACGAUUGGUAGUGCCAAGGAUCUUGAGAGUGAUGGAGACGAUGACACGAAUGUCGGAGUUGCGAACGAGACGUAUUUCCUUCCUGGACCGGCGAGUGAUUUACAUGUGCGAAAGAUGUUGAUUGAGAGGCAUAGUCCGCCAGAGAUACUUGUACAUGGGUUGGUCAAUGCGGAGGAUGUGGAGAAGUUGUUUGAGAUCUUCUACGAGAAGGUCAACCCCUUCCUUUCUCUACUGGAUCCCCAACUCCACACGCCCGCCUCAACCUUUGCCCGCUGUCCGUUCCUCUUCACGGUAGUCUGCGCAAUCUCCUCCCGAUACUACCGCGAGAAAGCCGAGAUCUACGCAAUCGCGAUGCACUUCGCCAAACACGCAGCAGCCACAGCGUUAAUCGACGGAUGGAAAUCCGUUGAGCUGUGCCAGGCUUACAUCCUCAUGGCUGUCUACGCCGUACCCGCUCGACGAUGGGAAGAGGACCGGAGUUGGCUGUAUAUCGGGUUAGCGAUCCGGCUUGCGACGGAUUUGAAUUUGUAUCAGGCGAGUGCGACGAAGGCUACGAGUGAGUUGCAUGAGAGGGAGAUAUUGAAUCGGACGAGGGUGUGGAUGAUUUGUUUUAAUCUUGAUCGGUCGACUGCGACGCAGUUUGGGAAGCCGUCGACUAUUAAGGAAGAUUUCAAACAACUCAGUAUCAUUCGGAACUCGAAGGACUGGUAUAAGCGAUCGAAGUAUAACCACCCGUAUGACGUGCAUUUGUGUGCGUAUAGCUCGCUUUUGAGGAUUGUUGCCAAGUUUCAUGAGGAGAUUUAUUCGGAUCGGGAUUCGCCGAGUGGGUUGAACCAGAAUUGCGAUUUUAGGGAGAUCACGCUUAAGCAUGAUGCGAUCCUGGAAGAGUAUUAUAAGGAGUGGGAUCAGAGGUUUAAGGACGAUUCGGAUCCAGAAGACAAAGCGUGCAAGUUCCGGUGUACACUCUUACCCUUCUUGACGAAUUACUCGCGACUCGUGAUGUUCUCGUUUGGGUUCCAACAGGCGUUUAAACGUGGGUUCCAGGCUGGGGAUGAGUUGUUCUUUAACAAGUGCAUGGAGUCUGCGUCGAACGUGAUCAAGUGCGUGAUCGACGUGCUGGCGCCGAGUGGGUACUUCCGCUAUGCGCCAGAUGGGCAUUUUGUCUUCGCGUCAUUUGCAUCUGCGUUCUUGCUAAAGCUCCUCCGUCCCGAGUUCUCCAACUUUGUCACCCACGAACAGACAAACCAGAUCUUCGCUCUCAUUGGUAAACUCAUCCAAGUCCUCGCCUCGUCCGAAGUCUCCAUCGACGACCGACACACGCCCAAGCUCUACGCGCGGUUCCUCGCUGGGUUGCUUGCGAAGCACCAACCGGGCGGACCGUCUAGCGGAAGGUUACAUCCUACUCGACCGUCGGACAACGCGAGUGGACAGAUGCCAGAUUCGGAUGGACAUGGUGCGUCUGGUGGGACGAUGCUUGGUGGUGGGACGACGCAGGGUGUUUUCCAUGUGGGUAGUGGUGGACAGGGUGGAACUUCCCCGCAACAUGGGGGUUCGCAACGCGCGCUCGCUUCAGGUCCAGGUCCAGGUCCGCAUAACAAUGGAGUACCGGAACUCGUACCGCACCAAGCCUCACCCUUAUCGAUAACGAGUACGCCGAUGGACACACCGAUCUACGAAGCUGAGGCGACUUAUGCUAUUGGUACUGGUCCUUUGGAACUCAGUAGCUCGGAAGGUAUGCAGUUCACUUGGGGUGGAGUUGGGGGUGGUAUGGGCUUUGGAGGAGGUGGGUAUGGUGGUAUGAUACAGGAUGAGGAGAUGUUAGCUACGAUGCAUGCAAUUAAGAACCCUGCUUUUUGGGAGGACAUGAUGAUGCCUGGGUUCAUGUGGCCUGAUACGGCACGUUCGGGCGGAGCUGCUGCUGCAGCAGCGUUCCAACAACAAAACAUCCUCGGUCUGAAUAAUGGGCCGAUUCCUCAGCAGAUGCCGUUACAUACCUAA